AUGUCUCCCGGAUCGCCCUCACUCGCACCUCAUCAUUCUCCCACCCGAAAAUCGUCUGAUGAGCUGUCCUUAUUUCCUGUUCCCACGCGAUCAAACGACGGGCCACCGUUGAGGAGUCAUCGGAAACAGAACAGCGGCACCAACGAGUUUCACGGGACAAGCUUGAUGGCUAUACCCGAGCCGGAGCCUGCGCAUGAGACGGCCGACUUCACGGCCUCAUUCAUCGCGGACGAGAUGGAUGUCGACAGCGGCACUACGCCGGUGAACGAAGCGGCCGCCGCACAACAGCAGCAGCAGCAGCAGCAGCAGCCGGCUCUCGAAGCGCCACAGCCGACACAGACGUCUCAGCUUCGGGCAGUACGGUCACCCGUGCGGACACCCGAGCUGCAGACGACUCUGCCUCAGCGGCAGGCUCCGAACGGGACUGCCCAGAGCUAUCAGCAGCCAACGCAGCCAACGCAGCCACCGCAGCCACCGCAACUGCCGCAACCGAAACAGACGCAGCGCGGCGCCAGCCAGGCACGCGAGUCGUCGCCUGGCACGCCGGGCCACAUCCCGCCGUUUGACUGGGAAGAGUUUGAAGCGCGCUAUGAGCACGCGCUGGCGGAGAUGAACGGCGAGGAGAAGGAGCUGCUGGAGGAGUUUGACCGUCUGGUGAAUUACUUUAACGUCUGGGCCUCCGCUGCCACUGCCCACGACGACGAGCGUGCAGUGAAGAGACUACAAACUAGGGAACGCUACGUCAAGAUUGCUGAGCAGAGCCUUGGCCAGAGAAAGCAGCACUUAACGGAGGUUGUUCGUGCGUUCCAAAGCGCCUUGGCUCUGCUGAGCCAGACGUAA